AUGAGGAACCUCCUUAUUGUCACCUUCUGUCUAACAGUGACUGGAUAUGUCGGAGGAGCAGUCAGCAUCAGGUGUAAUUAUUCACAGGGUCAUAAAGACAACAGGAAAUACUUCUGCAAAGGUGACAGCAGUUUGAAUUGUAAAGAUCUAAUCAAAACUGGGGAAAAGAACAGUUCGGUGCCAGAUGGGAGAUUCUCUCUGAAAGACAACAUUGGAGGGAGAUUCUUCACUGUUAACAUCAGCAAACUGACACAAGAGGAUGAUGGGAAAUACUGGUGUGGGAUUGAUAUUAAACUUUUCUUGGAUACCUAUGCUGAGGUACUGCUGAGAGUAGAGGAAGCUCCGCUGCCUACUCAGACCCCAGCAGCCACACCCACACCCCCACCUGGAGCCACCGAGGGCGGGGCUUACUCCACAGCUCCUCUUCCUCACUCUGACAGCACUGCAGCUCCUCUUCCUCACUCAGACAGCACUACAGCACCUCCUGAAGUCCAGACCAGUGCAGCUCUAAUGACCGUAGCAGUGGAGCUGAACAUUACAGUGAGCACGGCCACCAUGACAACGGACUCUGGCUUCCUGUCAGAAGCAGCAUCCAGUCUUGAUAACAGCUUAUCCACUGUGGGGUACAUCACUGUGGGCCUGAGUGUCACUGUGUUGGUGUUUGGGCUGUUCCUGCUUAUAUUCCUCAGACAGAAAAAGAAAUCCAAGAAUGUAACAGCAGCCAUCUCCUCCUCCAAAAGGAUGCACACAGGAAACACUGGAGGGGCUCAGGCUGAGUAUGAGGAAAUUAAGGAUUCAAACCAGCAACCACAUGCAGACACUGCAAUCAACACCAUCUACUGCACAGCCAGCUCACCCAAAGACUCUUCUGACUCCCUAAACUACGCCACCAUCAACUUCUCCAAAAGCCCAGACUCUGAGGAUCAGUCAGCCAUCACCCUCACUAAAGACUCCACUGAAUACUCCACUGUGAGCUUCCACAGAGACCCUCCUAACUCUGAUAUCUACUCAACUGUCAGCUUACCCAAAGACCGACCAACAACUGACUCACCCUGUGCUACUGUCAAUUAA